GCGUACCUGGAAUUUUUGGGAAGAUUAUAUUCCUUGGAAAUGUCGUCAAAAGGGCGUUAACUUAGCCUGCACUUUGCAAGAAUGUUGCACACGAGUAACAAGAUGAUGGGCGGGGCAUUUUCUCUGCAGUUGGUGAAAAAUGAGGAGUGUCUUAUUGAUCACCGUGGCCUGGGUGAUUUCUGUGGCUCUUGCCGGUCCAGUAGACACUGCUUUGGUCGACGGGCCUGCGGAGGUAGACGCGGAACUCUUGAAUGAAUUGGAGAGACAGAUCCGCAGCGCCAAGAAAUGGUUCAGCGAGCAGGAAUUGACCUCAAGAACUGAUGGCCGCCCAAAUGAGAGAAUAAGACGCGAUCCCCAUGACUUGCUACAUCACUUUGGCUUCACUCACGCACAGUCCAAACAACUCGCCGAGGCAGCACGAGCACUGCAAAAUGUCAGCGAUGUUUACCGAAGUGUUUUUUCCGAGUUGUCGCCCGAAGCUAAGCGACAGCUCUGCGCAGCUGCUGGGUACGACGUCACCGUUGAUGACUGUCCACCUUCCACCAAAUACCGCACUGCUAACGGUGCCUGCAACAACCUGGUCAAUGUCAACUGGGGAAAAGCAUUCAGUCCUCUGGUUCGCAUUCUACCUGCUGCUUAUGCCGAUGAUUCAGCCAAUCCCAGGCUUGCCAAGUCGGGCGAGCCACUCCCAGGUGCACGUGACGUCAGCAGGAAGCUGAUUGAGGAGAACGAUGAUGUGGAGGACUUACCAUGGACAACUAUUGCAAUGCACUUUGGGCAGUUCCUGGAUCAUGAUAUAGACCAUGCAGCCUUGGAAAAAGUGAACUGUUCCUGCGAGACUACACCCCAGUGCCUCCCGAUCCCCAUACCGGAGGACGAUCCAUUCUUCCGUCAGCCUUGCCUGCGGUUUGCCCGUUCCGUCGCGAUCCCCGAUGCAGACUGCAACACGGUCCCGCGCCAACAGGUCAAUCAGAUCACGUCGUUCAUCGAUUUGUCCCAAGUUUACGGCUCCACGUUUGAGGAGGCGAUGCACAUGCGGGAUGUAGUCAAAGGGAAAGGUUUAUUGUUAGCCAUGGACGACCCUAACAAUGAUGUGGGUAAACAACUCCUUCCAAAUGAUGAGGAACAUACAGACUGCGUCUUCGCCAACCCAGAGCUGAAGUGCGGCCGUGCGGGCGACAAACGUGCCGCCGAGCAGCCAGGCCUGACCAGCAUCCACACAGUCCUGCUCCGACAACACAACCGCAUCGCUGAGAAACUGGCUGAGCUGAACCCAGACUGGGAUGAUGAGACAUACUACAACGAAGCCAGGAAAAUCUGCAACGCCAUGUGGCAACAUGUGGUGUAUAAUGAGUACCUGCCUCCGCUUAUGGGAUCCUACAAUAUGGCUAAGCAUGGUCUACGCGUGCAUUCGGACACCUUCAUGUACGGAUAUGACCCUUACCUCAACCCUGGCGCAACCAACGUUUUCUCAGCGGCUGCCUACCGUAUCGGACACAGCCAGGUGCCUACAACACUGCUGAAACUAGACCAGGAUCACAGUAUGAUGGAGCAUGUUUCUCUGAGUGAGUGUUUCUUCAACGCGACUCACAUGGACACGUCUCCCGGCCAAGAAGGACUGGACGCCUUCAUCCGGGGCAUGGUGGCCCAGAGAAUGCCCAAAGUGGACCUCAUUAUGACCCAGCAUCUGACUAAACACAUGUUUGCUGAUCCGGCAGGAGGAGAGGGUCUAGAUCUAGCAGCAUUGAACAUCCAGCGAGGUCGAGAUCACGGCAUAGCAUCAUACAAUGACUGGCGUGUGGAAUGUGAUCUACCUAGAGCUGCCAGCUUUGAUGAUCUGAAGGAUCACAUGACUGAUGCUACCAUCCAGAAAUUCAGAGAUGCUUACGAUGACGUUGAUGACAUUGAUCUGUUUCCGGCCCUCAUCGGUGAAGAGACACUCCCCGGGCAGCUGAUAGGACCCACCUUAGCCUGCCUGCUGGGCAGACAGUUCCAUGCUCUCAAAUUUGGUGAUCGCUUCUGGUAUGAGAACGGUCUCGGCGAUCAAGCCUUCACUAAAGCUCAACUGAAUGAAAUUAAGAAGGCAACUAUGGCCCGACUAUUCUGUGACAAUCUGAACAGUCUGCCAACCAUCCAGCCAUAUGUCUUCAGGGAACCAGACCUUGGUACAGUACCGGCAAGUUCCACUAGUUCCUUUUACAAGUACAGCCGAGAGAACGACUUUCCUGAUGCUAAUGGAGAAAUGCCUGGUUUCUUUAACGGCCGUUUGCCUUGCAGUGACACUGAGAAUAUCCCGCUACCUUCCCUCGCACCCUGGAAAGAGGGAUAUGUUGAUAUCACAGAUGAAGGUGGUCAGGAUCCCCCGUUCAGUCUGCGUGAAGCCCAUGGGACAUGGUACGGGGUACCACGCCAGCCAUAAGCCUCUAGUAGCCACUGGCAUAAGUGACACCGAAAGCCAGAUUUCAUGUUGUCUAGUUUAGUGUUUUGUGAAAGCUUUGGUUGUGGGAUCUGAGAUAAAAUAUUCCUGAAUGUAAUUAUUUAUUGCAAACUUCUGCUAAGUUGGCAUAAUAAAAAUUUUCUCAAAACGUGGACGACUUUAACACAAGUCUUUCAGUGUAAAAUUACUCAGUGGAAAUAUAUAUUUAUUCAUGUAUUUAGGUCACCAAAUUUCCUGCUGUUAUUUAUAUCUGCUACAUGAAUCGAUCCUGAUGUGAAGGUUUAUAUUAUCCAUUGUUUUGUUUAAUUAUAAUGUAUUACAAUAUUUAAUAUUUAUACAGGGUGCAUAUAAGAAAAGGUAAUUAAAAAAUAAUGGGUUAGGCCAAAAAAAAUAAUAAGUCGGUCUCUGGUCAGCGCGUGCGUCGAUUUUAAUCAUGCGUGUCAAUCUUUUUUUUU